UGAACAAUGAAGAAGGGAGUGCACCCACAGAUGCAAUGGAUCUCUUAUGUGACACAGAGCGGUAGAUUGAUGCACGUGAUGAUGACAAGAAUCCAACAUGUUGGCAAAGUCUAUCACUUUGGAGCUAAGCGUCAAAUGGCUCAAAGCAUUGGUCAGAUUGCCAAGUUCAAGCGUAGGUUUAACUUGCAAGACGAAGAAGCUGUCCAAGAGAAUAACAACGACAACCAGAAGAAGUAGUAACUUGUAAUCCCAACUCUUGUCCCUUUCCUCCAAAACCAGUCUGAAAAAUGCUUUAUUCAUUUUCGUUUUACACAAGGCAGCUCUAUGAAUCUUGCUCUGCUUCUCAUGAUUGAUUUUCACAGUUCUCAAGUCUCGCUGUUUUCGUCAAUAAAAGGCUUAUCUUG